AUGCCUCCUUCCACGGUCUCAUCAAAGUUCAAGCAUCUUCCACGAGCUGCAUGGGGACCAUUGCAAUGUCCCUACGAGGGUAAAAGCCUUAUCGCUACGGGCCAGUUCAACAAAGGCUCGGCCUUCACCAAUGAAGAGCGCAAGAACUUCAAGUUGCACGGCCUGCUGCCUCCAAAUGUACAGACCUUAGAGGAACAGGUUCAUCGGGCAUAUCAGCAGUAUAGCAGCCGCCCAGAUGAUCUGGCCAAGAACACCUUCAUGGCGAGCAUGAAGGCUCAAAAUGAGGUUUUGUACUACAAGCUACUACAAUCUCAUCUGAAGGAGAUGUUCAGUGUGAUCUACACUCCGACGGAAGGCGAUGCCAUCAAAAAUUACUCAAGCCUGUUCAGAAAACCCGAAGGCUGCUUUUUGAACAUUAAUGACCAGGAUCGGAUCGAGGAGAGUCUUUCCAAUUUCGGCUCCGGCGACGAGGUGGAUUAUAUCGUUGUCAGUGACGGCGAGGAGAUUUUGGGGAUUGGAGACCAAGGAGUGGGCGCCAUGUUGAUCUCCGUGGCAAAAUUGGUUAUCUCUACCCUUUGUGCUGGAAUCCACCCCUCGAGACAGUUGCCUGUCGUUUUGGACUGCGGUACUGAUAACGAAGACCUGCUCCGUGACGACCUGUAUCUAGGAGUCCGACAGCGGCGGGCUAGAGGCCAGGAAUACGACCAGUUUGUGGACAAGUUUGUGACCACCGCUAAGAAAAAGUUCCCUCGAGCAUAUAUCCACUUCGAGGACUUUGGUCUGCAGAACGCCAAGAGGAUUUUGGAUCGAUUCCGAUCGCAAGUCCCUUGUUUUAAUGACGACAUCCAAGGGACAGGAUGCGUAACCCUAGCCGCCCUAAUUGUAGCCCUUGAUGUCAGUAAGGUCAAGUUAGGGGAUGCGCGUGUUGUGAUCUUUGGCUCCGGAUCAGCGGGGACUGGCAUUGCAGAGCAGAUUGCCGAUAGUAUCGUGACUGAAACCGGCAAGUCGAAGUCGGAGGCCUCAAAACAAAUCUGGUGUUUGGAUAAGCCAGGGCUUUUAGUUAAGUCCCUCAAGCAUCAACUGACGCCAGCCCAAGUCCCAUUUGCGCGGGAUGACGAGGAGGGCAAGGAUUUACUUGCCGUGGUCAAAGAGGUGAAGCCACACGUCUUGAUCGGCACGUCCACCAAGCCCAAAGCAUUCACAGAGCCGAUCAUUCGAGAAAUGGCCAAGCAUGUGGAACGACCGAUUGUGUUCCCACUCAGCAACCCUACCCAGCUCCAUGAAGCUUGUCCGGAGGACAUCAAUCGUUGGAGCGAUGGCCAAGCCCUCAUAGCCACUGGAAGUCCGUUUCCGCCCGUCGAACGGAAUGGCACGAAAUACGAGAUUGCGGAAUGCAAUAACUCGACAUGCUUCCCGGGCAUCGGUCUUGGGGCCGUGCUGUCACGAACACGGAUCGUUUCGAACAAGAUGCUUGUGGCGGCGGUCAAAGCACUGGCUGCUCGGUCGCCGGCACGUCAAGAUCCCAACCAGCCUCUUCUUCCCGAUGUAGAGGACGUACGAGGGAUUAGUGUGGAUAUUGCCAAGGCAGUUAUCCAAACGGCCGUCCAAGAGGGAGAGGCUCAAGAGCAGAAUAUCCCCACAGCCGAAGAAGAACUGGACGAAUGGAUCCGCGUCCAGAUGUGGGAGCCGGUCUAUAGACCGCUGGUUAAGGUUUAG